UAACAACCUUUACAUUAACAAUUAUCUUGUCGAUUUCAAUGUAAUUUAAUGAAUCAAAUGUGUGUGAGAUUACUUACCCUGUUUCAAGAAAAAAUGAAGCUGAAUUCUGAGAUGAUUUAGGGCAAUAUUAGUUAAAAGACGUAAUCUUAAUCUAUCAAUAACGGUCGAUACGAUUGUCAAGCAAAUACUGUGAUUAUGAGAAUUAUGUCCACUUUGAAAAACUAUCCUUUGUUUUCAAUAUUCUGGGGUUAAUUACUGAAUCUCUAUUCCAAUUUAAAAUUCGACAUACAAAAAUUGUUAUAAAUAAAAAUCCAAAUAAUCGCUACUUAAUUAUUUAAAUAUUGUCACAACUGAAAUACUUCCAUUUAACUUUCUAUUAAUCGUAUAUAUUCGUAAAAUGAAUAUUAUUUAUUUUCGACGCAAACUUUCCCCGCAUGUAGAUUAUACUAAAUUUGACCCGCGUAAUUAAACCUGCAGCAAUUACGAGUCAGCUAGCAUCUCAGUACAAAAUGAGGGGGACUCUUUAAUAGCUCCGAACGUUUAAUACCGCGGCAUUUGCAGACACAAUGCACGCUGCCACUGACACGUUCAGCAAUUAGCCGGUAUGACAGCCGUUUCCUAAAUACUAAAAGAGAAAAUUCCGGCAGUUGGGAUCUUUCGACUGUGAAAACGUGUCACAUGUUCCGUAAAACUGAGGCGCAUGCUUCGUUGCCACGGCGACUGGUUCGCUUAAUAGUACACAAAAGGCAUCAGCCGGUACCAGUAUAUAAAUAUAUCUAGAGCUAAUGCUUCUCGUUUACUCAGCGCUAGAGUUUUGUCAAAGAGACCCUUGAAACAGACGAAGUGAAAUUUUACUGAUAGGCAAAACGGGGGUUGCAACGCGCUUCGACUAUUUUAUAUCGCUUUGCGAUUUUUUUUGUAAGUUGUCACAAUGUCUGUCGAGGGUGAAUUCUUUCUGUCAAUAACGGGUUCGAUCGAGCACGCAGAGUUUUAUGACAUCAACAAUGCUUAUUGCAAAUACGGAUAUCACUUCGGUCCCGAAUGGAGCGUAGUCGCCGGUAUCGAAGAGGGUUUGACGCAAAUGAGCAAGUGCAGCAACGAUCCCCGUAAUUUAGCCGUAUGGAACUUCCCCUUGGAAGCCACUUUUAAGAGUACCGACCCUCAUGGAUGGCCUCAGCUAAUAAUGUCGAUUUACGGGUUGGAUAUCUUCGGCCACGACGUCAUCAGGGGAUAUGGAGUCUGCUAUUUACCGCUGAAAGCCGGUCGCCAUGAGAAAAGGGUAUCGGUGUACGUCCCGGAGCCCUCGUCGACGUUGCAACGAUUCGCGGGCUGGUUAACCGGAAGAAGACCGGAACUAAUUGAUCCGACGAUAUUGGCUUCCGGCGGCGGUAGAGAACUCACGCGCAUGAGAGUGGAGGGUAUUGUUACGGUAACGUUCAACGCGGUGCUGAAGGAUUUCUUCAAGUUGGGCUACAACAACGGCGAGCUACAGAAGAAAUAAGGAGAUUUUAGCAAAUGCCUUGAUUACGGGACUAAUAUAGCACUCUUUUUACGCCCUCGUGUUUGCUAAGGGAAAUUGUAAUCGCUGUACGAGGAGUUAUGUCUGUCGUUAACCAACAGCAGCGACCUUACAGCGUUUCGCUACGAGUAAUUAAGACAGGGUAAAGAGGAAAUUAAUUAACCGAAGACUGAUAUCGACCCUUUAACCUGUUACUAGACGUCUAUGGCGGGCCGCGUUAUUGCAUCGCCGCGUGUAUCAUUACAUCCAAUACAAUUUGUAUCACGGCUGCAAUUUGUUAAUAAAUUAAAUAAAAAAGAGAGUGGAGAAAGGAAGAUUCCCUUGAAUUGGACGUUCGACGUAAAAUUCCAACGAACAUUUUUCAUGUCAUGAUCGUGAAGCAGUUUUUCAUUAUCCUUUAUCUCAUAUUUGUCCGUGACGAAACUUUUCAAUUAAAAUGUCAGUUUUAAUUCUAACAUGUUCCCCUCGCAUUUCAUAUUCCUUUUAACAAUAUUGUAUCGUGUAUAUUUUCAUAUAUCUCGUUUUUAUUUGAAACGUCAGCGACUACGAAUCUCACGAUCUUUCCACGGACCAAAUUUUACAAGAGCAUUUCUUUCUUUCUGACUCGUCCGUUUGUUGAUCGGAUUAUCUCUUCGCAGUCAUUUCGCGUUCGCAUGAGAAUAUCGCAAAGAAUAGACACGUGCCCUUGUCAAUGAAAUUUCGUAGCCCAUCUCCGUUUGAUCCCAGCAUCAACGAGAUUUAUGUAUAAAAAAGCGACAGAACCAUUUCACGGAGGAGCGUAUCUCCGGAAAUACUUUGAGAACAUCGAGGUCGUUUCUUCAUUAAUGAAAUUAAAAUGAUAGCAAUUAUCUUAAUGAAGCCCAGGAAAUAGGAGUGGGCAAUUGCUAUGGGGGUGAAAUGCAAAUUAACAAGCGAGAGUCGAUUAUUGCAUACGCUGCUAGUCACCCGGAAUGGGAAUAAAUUAAAACUUGAGAUUGAACUUCAUUUUUAUGACGUGAAGAAAAAACGGAAGAGAACGUCUCGGAAAAUUUUUACGACGCCGCCGCGGCGCCGUUUGUGUCAACUGUUCCCGGCUAAUACUCAAUUUCGCGCACGGCCAUCGCGAUUAUGGUAAACGCCCGUGGGAGUCUCAUAUUUUUAACGAGGCCAGGGGAGGCUGUAACGCUCCAAGGAGGACUGUGACAACUACGGCUUAAGAUGUUGCGGAGAUCUUUUAUGAAGCCUCGUAAAAUCGCCAAACUGUCGCUUACAUUGAUAUUUAGUUGCAACCUUGUCUUUAUGUGGAAAGAUAGACGAGCUGCGGGCGAGUAAGCGAUGUGUACAGACUUUAAUAUUAGCCAUAUGAAACGAGGGCAAUUUUCUAUAUGAAGUGACACAAUGUUAUUCUGUCUUUUACUCUUGAUAAAUCAACUAGUCUUCGUAAUGGAACAUGUUAAUUAAGAAAUCUGCUUCUAUGUAAAUUCACGUUCCAAAAGAAAUCCUGCAAAUACUUCAUUUCUACCCGGCGAUUCUAUUUCUAAUUAUUACGCAGCUGUUAGCCGGGCGCCACUUUAUGUCAUAAUUUAAUUGAAACACUUAUAUGGCUGCGCGGGAAGGGUUGGAAGAUCAGAUAGAAAACCGGCGGGUGUAUUCGCGACACGUGCACUGGAGUGGCGCGACGCGGCGUUUUCAACUCUCAUUUAUUGCUUUCUGGAAGAGCGAGCAAACGCUCUCGAAGCUGGCGGAGCGUAAACGCGAGCUUUACUCCGGGACAGGACAUCAUACACGGUCGCGGGGAAUGUGGGACGGCGUUCAAUGGUAAUUAACUUGAUAGUGUUUUUUUAUCGCGAAUGUAUAGUCUGAACGUACCUUCUCGA